AUGGAAAACAUGUACCAGGCACCCAGAGACGGGGAGCAACUAGCGCCACCACCCUUAGAUGGUCAAGAUGCGCAGGCUCGGAGUCUCACCCACCGCAAGUGUGUGACAUAUCUAACUCUGUCUAACGCUCGUCGCGCGACGGUCGCGUCGUCUCCCUCCCUCACCGUGCUUAGACAGGGUGGUCGCGUCCGCGUGUCCGUGUGCGCGUGUGGGUUGGGGCGCGACAACCCCGGGGCGCGUGUGUGGCGCGUGUGUGUCCCACACGGAGGCGCACGUGGACUUCUAUUCCCUCAUGCUGUCCUGGUGCACGAGUAUGUG